AUGAUUGCAUCACUGUCCCUUAUUCUCGGCACGGCCGCUGCUGUUGCACGGGCUGCGCAGCCAGGAGCUGUCGAGCCGGUCGCGGCGCCCAUGCGCAACCUCACUUGGGGCCAGCUCAACUUCCUCCACACGACCGACACGCAUGGCUGGCUGGGUGGUCAUUUUCAAGAACCACAGUACUCAGCCGAUUGGGGUGACUACAUCUCCUUCACCCACCAAAUGCGCAAGCUGGCCGACGACAAAGGCUCCGAUCUCCUCCUCGUCGACACCGGUGACCGCGUCGAGGGCAACGGCCUGUUCGAUGCGUCCACGCCGAAAGGCCUGUACCAGUACGAUAUCUACGCCCAGCAGGAUGUUGACAUUAUCUGCACCGGCAACCACGAGCUGUACCAGCACUACUCGAUCGAGCGCGAACACAACACCACGCUGCCCAACUUCAAGGAGAACUAUGUCGCGUCGAACCUCGAUUACGUCGAUCCCGAGACGGGCAAUCGGUCUCCCAUGGCGCAACGCUUCAGGCGGUUCAAGACCAAGAACCAGGGACUCGACAUUAUUGCCUUUGGCUUCAUCUUCGACUUUAUCGGCAACGCAAACAACUCGGCCGUGCAGCGCGUUGAAGACACCGUCAAAGAAAAGUGGUUUCUUGAUGUACUCAAGGAGAAGCCCGACGUGUUCGUCGUCACCGGUCACGUUGGCUUGCGGAUGGAGGAGUUCGAGGUCAUCUUCAAGGCCAUGCGCCAGGCCAAUUGGCACACACCCAUUGUCUUCUUCGGUGGGCACGCGCACGUCCGCGACGCGCGCAGGUUUGACUCCAUGUCCGUAGCACUCGCCAGUGGGCGGUACAUGGAGACGGUCGGGUGGAUGUCAGUCGAUGGCCUAAAGAAGACGGGGGACGUGGAAACCGAGGCGUCACCCACCUUUACUCGCACCUACAUUGACAACAACGUCCUUGGGAUGUACCACCACACCGGGCUGGACGAGUCCAGUUUUCACACAGACAAAGGUCGCGAGGUCACCAAGAUGAUUGACAGCGCCCGCAAGGAGCUCGAGCUGGACCGCAGGUUCGGCUGCGCCCCCCGCGAUUACUGGAUGUCGCGCGCCAGGUUCAACGAGGACGGCAAUAUCUACAAGCUCCUUAUGGAUGAGGUAUUCCCCGACAUAAUCGUCAACGAGGACCGGCGCAACGAGUCCCGCCUGGCCAUCAUGAACACGGGCGGCAUCCGUUUCGACAUCUUCAAGGGUGCCUUUACGAGGGACACGACGUACAUUGUCAGUCCCUUUGUGAGCGAGUUCCGCUACGUUCCCGACGUGCCGUACGAAAUAGCGAGACGCAUCAUCGGCAUUCUCAACGAUGGGAGUCGGAUCUGGGCGAGCCCUCUCUUGCAGUCUGAAAUUUUCCAUGUGGACAACGAUGUGCCGCCGAGACCGAACAAGUUCAUGAGCGCGCCCGAGCAGCAGGCUCAUCCUGAAUUGAAAAGGGAUGCAGCUGAUAACCUUGUGAAAAAACUUUUGACGUCUUCAGCCGGCCUGCCCCCGCCCGAGAAGCCUGAAUACAUGGCUGAACCUCAGAGAGACGGCCAGACGCCUCUGAGAAGCCAACCUGAUCUCAUCGCCGGCUACACCACCAAAGAUGACUUUGGCGACGACGGGGACGACACGGUCCAUGAACCCUUGGAGUUUUAUUACCAGGCCAACGCCUUCCAAUCCGAUAUCAACUUUCCGCCCAACCACAAGGAGAAGCCCGAGACUGUGGAUGUCGUCUUCAUCGACUUCAUACAGCCCUGGAUCAUCCCGGCGCUCAAGUUCUCGGGGGGCGACUACUCCGACAAAGACGUUUUGAAAUACAUGGAGGGUACUUUUACAUCCAAGCUCGCCGAGUGGGUUGGCGAGAAUUGGCAGGGCGAUUGUUAG